UACCCCAAAUCGUCUUCCACUGGGGAUUCAGAGAAUGGGUGAUCCGUUGGGUGCAUUGACGCUUGAAGACCAAGCGCACUGGAGCAAGACAGAUAGAUUUGCUUCGGGGUAAGCGUGAGAUUAUUACGUCGCAGCGGGCGAUCUCAGCAUUCAUUUCGUUACGGAGUGCGUGAGGAACCAAAGUCAGCUUUUAAGGGCGUCAAUGCUUCCUUUGCGGUGAAGGCAUCUGCAUAUGCGAGGCAGGUUUUGCUGUUCGAAUCCAAUGAAUACGAUCAUUAGAAAGGGACGUGUACAGUAAGCGGGUGUUCAUGUCUAUUGUAAGCGGGCUUCAGAUACGAGGAGGAAGAUCGCCGCGAAUAUCAGACGACCAGGGCAGGAUGAAUGAUGAAGUCCUCCUGUAGUAUCAGUGGCAUGUUACGAUUCAAAAUCCUGCGCUUCUCGACUCGCAGCCGUUUCACUUUUUGUCUCAAAAUCUGUUCCACUAUAUAACACAUUGCAAUAUGAGUGAUGAUGUGCUACUGCAGCUGUCGAAUUCCAAUUCCAACCCUAGCAUGUCGCAGAAAAUGGCCAAAUUAGAGGCCAGGAUGGCAGGGAAGGCAGCACCAAUGUCCCCUCAAACGCCAUGGCUAUCUGCUCAUAGUGAGUUAAUGAGUACCAAGAGUAAUGGCGUGACGACAAUCUCGUCUUCAGGAGACUCCGAUUCCGAUGAUGCGGGAGAAUUUGUGAUACAACCCAAUCCAAGGCUGACCAGAAGCAAUAGCCAAGACAAUCUCCAUGGCAGAAAAAGGGAACGGGUGCCAGAGGCGAACACUAAGCGCUCCCGUCAAGUUAAGGAAGUUGCAGCUGCUCGAAUUGCUUGGCAAGAGGAGAUGCAGGAGAUAUCUCAACUUGAACAGGAGGAGAUUACUAGUCUGCAAACGAAAAACUCCUCUCUGGAAGAGGAAAUGGGUAGACUUCGAAAAGAACUUGCCAAUGCCCACAACUCUAUCAAACGAUUUGAGAAGGAUCUGAAGGAAAGGACAGACAAGGAGCAACAUCGAGACCAAAAGAGGAUUAAGGUGGUUUCAGACCUGCUUGUUCAAUUGGCCACGGUUGAAAGGCAAGAGGCCCGUUCUAGACUUCAACAGGAAUGCAACAGGCUCGGCAAUGUCGGCGUAAUGAGGGCAAGGACAGUGUUGUCAGAAGUGUGGGAAGAUGGUCAAGCCUUCAAAGAUGUCCAAUCAAGACUGAGAUCUUUGAUGGAGCUAAAGACUUCUCUCGAGAAACGCCGAAAGGAACUCAAGAAGCAACCAUCUGAUGGUAGCAGUGGGGAGCCUGCAAUGUCAGAGGAAGAUGUGUUGGCGAUGGAGGAGGUAUAUCGAUUUCGUUUGCUAGGUGUAAAGCGGGAGGAGGAAGCUGUGUUGAAGGACCGAGAUAGGCUGGAGCAAGAGAAGAAAUGUUUAAUACGGGAGUUGAAGCGCUGUCGAGAUGAAGAUGCAUCUCCCUUUAACCAUUUCCCAAUAAUGAACAAGAGAUAUGCGCUCCUGAAUCUUCUCGGCAAAGGUGGUUUUAGUGAAGUUUACAAGGCUUACGAUCUGGUGGACUACAAGUAUGUUGCUUGCAAGAUGCAUAGGCUGAAUGAGCAGUGGAGUGAGGAGAAGAAACAGACGUAUGUUCGGCAUGCCAUUCGGGAGUACAACAUCCACAAGAGUCUGGUCCAUAGACAUAUUGUGCGCUUGUGGGAUAUUUUCGAGAUUGAUCAUAAUACGUUUUGCACGGUUCUCGAAUACUGCAGUGGCAAAGACCUCGAUGUUAUUUUGAAAGAGACCCCGGUUUUACCAGAAAGAGAAGCAAGAAGCAUUCUGGUGCAGAUAUUCUCUGGACUAGUAAAGUUGAAUACGCAAUCCCAGCGGAUCAUACAUUACGAUUUGAAGCCUGCAAAUAUCCUCUUCAACUCGGUUGGGGUGGCCAAGAUAACCGAUUUUGGUCUCAGCAAAAUCGUAGAAGAAGAAUCUGGAUCUCAAGGGAUGGAACUAACAUCUCAAGGCGCAGGAACCUACUGGUACUUACCACCUGAAUGUUUUGACUUGAACAAAACACCGUUGAUAUCUUCAAAGGUUGAUGUAUGGUCAGUCGGUGUUAUAUACUACCAGAUGCUCUUUGGAAAACGUCCGUUUGGCCACAACCAAUGUCAGGAGCAAUUAGUGCGUGAAGACACCAUAGUAAAUGCCCGCAAAGUGGAGUUUCCAGCGCGACCCUCUGUAUCCUUAGAGGCGAAGGAAUUCAUGCGACGAUGUCUUACCUACGACCAAGCGAACAGGCCAGAUGUGUUAACUGCAGCUCAAGACCCCUACUUGUCUUACGUCAAGAAAAAGCCUUAAGUGGAAACCGAGGUGUCGGACUUCCCUUGCAUGAUGUUUCAGCGCACACUAAGCUAAUAUCAUGUCUUAAUUGGGUGAAUCCUUAGAAACUGUGACCAACGAUGUUUAUGUUUGAAGCCCAGAUGUACGUAGGGUGAAGUUCUUGUUGAAGGCACCUUUCUUCACGAGGUAGAUGUAGCUCAUUUUGACUCCUCCAAGUGAAUUUAAAAUAGUUUAUUCAAGUACUUGGAGCUUCUGUAUACAUAAGAAUUAAGAUUUUUUUUAUUUCAUA